AAACGCAAGCAACACGUUCUCUCGCCACUAGUCGCUACAGUUUGCCGCCGUUCAUGUACGCCACACCACGCACAACGCACUGAUAACACUAACUUCAUCGUCAUCGCCGUAGUUUGUUUUAUUAUUGUAAAUUAUAUAUUUUUUAACUGUCUCGCAUAAAACCGCAUCGAAAUGGGCCUAGGCACAUCCACGAUCAAAUACAUUUUGUUUUUUUUCAACUUUGCGUUCGCUCUUUCCGGACUAGCACUGUUAGCCUUGGGUUUAUUUACCCGGUAUUAUUCAACGAAAACUGAAGAGCUAGCCAAUAAAGCAUCCGGAGAUGCAGCUGGUCUUGCGGCUUUGGCGUUCAUCAUCAUUGGCGGAGCUGUUUUCGUUGUGUCGUUCUUUGGCUGUUGCGGAGCUAUCCGGGAGAGUCAUUGCAUGAUCACAAUGUACGCAAUGUUCCUGUUGGCGUUCUUCCUGUUGGAGGUAGCCACCGGAGUUUUCUUGUACGUGAACCGGGGACAAGUGGAGUCGAUCACUCGAAAAUCCUUAACUACUGUUUUUGAAGAUUAUUCAAAUAAAUCGGAAUCACGCGCUCUUGUUGAUGAGAUACAACAUGACUUCCACUGUUGUGGUGUAGACGGACCGAACUACUGGACCGAACGUAACGCAGCUGCUCUACCGCACACUUGUUGCCACGAUGAUGGUGGCCAAGGAACGACAUGCUCUAAGGCUCAGGCGUGGCAGGACGGUUGUCUGCAAAAAUCUAUCGACUUGGUCAAGGACAAGUCGGGCAUGCUGUUCAAGAUCAUCAUGGGUAUCGCAGCUGGAGAGCUGAUCGGUAUCGUUUUCGCGCUGUGCCUGGCGAGUAGCAUACGGAACGAAGAACGUCGACAAGGAUACGCUUAAAUAAAUGUGGCAGCGACAUGAUAUAUAAUUUUACAAAUUAGCAUACAUUUUCGCCUCAUAUUCUAUUAAGGAAAACAAUUCCCUUUCAAAAACAAAUUAUAAGUAUUUUUGUUGUCCCAAUCCGAAACCAUCCAACAAAACAAAAUCAUGAUAAUAAAUUUAAAUUUUACUUUUCGUGUCACACUAUAUACAAACACUCACAUGCACACACAAACAAAUGCACUCAAGCAUUUUGAUUUGUAAAAUACUUUUUUUCGCGAUUUAUGAAUGUAAUUAUUUAAACAUUUUAAUAAGUUAUGUACACGUGUUAUAAUAAUAUGUAUGAAAAAAAGAAUAAUUUUGAUAAUGUAUAAAGCACG